AUGGCAGCUGCUUUUGGUGCUGGAUUGGUGCUGCUUCUCCUAGUGGGGAGGCUAACUUGCGCCGACUCCGUUAGGGUUUCGAAGCCUCCGGCUAUCUGUCCGUUAAAUUCUGUCCAAGAAGCCUUCUUUCCUUCGCAGAACCACGUUUGUUCCGUCUUCGGGGCAAAGUCUGACAACACCGCCGGUGUUAUUGAGGGGGAUGAAGUCUCAUUGCAAAAAGCACUGGACAUUGUUCACAAAAACAAACACGAUUAUGUUUCCCUACUCUUCUAUUCAUCUUGGUGUCCUUUCUCUGGAUCUUUUAGACCAAGCUUCUCCUUGCUGUCCUCAAUCUUUCCUUCCAUUCCUCAUUUUGCUAUUGAAGAAUCUGCUGUGAGGCCAAGCAUUCUGUCAAAGUAUGGAGUUCAUGGGUUUCCUACUUUGGUUCUUCUAAAUUCCACCAUGCGCAUGCGGUAUCAAGGUUCUCGCACUCUGGAUUCCCUCAUUUCCUUUUAUAAUGCCGUGACUGGCAUAAAGAUGUCAGCUGAUGGAGAAUCAAUUGGCAAGAUCGUAUGUUCAGGAAAUGACGAAAAACACGGCAAUAACCUUGAAACCUGCCCUUUUCCAUGGGCUAGGUCACCCGAGAAUUUGUUCAAGCAAGAAACUUAUUUGACCCUCGCCACGCUUUUCGUGAUUUUAAGGUUGCUGCAGUUUUUCUUUCCCACAUUGAGAAGAUGGGCUCAACUGGCUUGGAGAAGUUUUCUCGAGAGACCAUGCAAACAAAGCAACUUGCGGGAAGGAGCCGAAAAUGCCAAAGCUUGGGCAUCUAAAUCACUUGCCACCGUUUCAUUUGGAGAUUCUUCUUCAAAUUGUGAUGCCUGA